AUGGAGAAUCCCAACGACAUUUUGUUAGAAGGUGAUGUUGUAGAUGGUGCUGUUGACUAUCAUGGACAAGCAGCCAUUAGAUCCAAAUCUGGUUAUUGGAGAUCUGCUUGGUUCAUCCUAGGUGUGGAAGUGGCAGAAACAAUUUCAUUUUAUGGAAUUCAAGGAAACUUGAUAUCAUACCUAACAGGACCGCUCAAACAGAACACUGCAACAGCAGCUAAGAAUGUAAACGUUUGGUUUGGAACAGCUUCUCUUCUUCCUCUCUUAGGUGGUUUCGUCGCUGAUUCUUUCCUCGGACGCUACCGCACAAUCGUUCUUGCUUCUCUCAUCUAUAUAUUGGGACUAGGCUUACUAACAUUAUCAGCAAUACUUCCUUCCCUUACAAAGUGUUCUCCUCAGUCACAAGUAGUCUUAUUGUUCAUCUCACUAUAUCUAGUUGCCAUUGGACAAGGUGGGCACAAACCUUGUGUUCAGGCUUUUGGAGCCGAUCAAUUCAACGAACAACAUCCUAAGGAGCAUAGAGAUAGAAGCUCUUUCUUUAAUUGGUUAUGUUUUACAACGGCUGCUGGUUGCAUAUUAACACUUCCGAUUUUGAACUAUAUACAAGAUAAUUACAGUUGGGUUCUUGGAUUUGGAGUUCCUUUUGUUGUAAUGAUCAUUGCUUUGAUUGUUUUCUUGAUGGGAACAAUGACCUAUAGGUUUAACAUUAAGGAUAAUGACAAGAGUCCUUUCAUUAGAAUCGGACGAGUAUUCUUCGCGGCUAUAAGAAAAUGGAAAUAUGCCUUACCAUACAUAGUUAUUAAAGAAGAAUGUGAUGGAAUGCUUCCCCUUCAAAGAUCCCAACAAUUCAACUUCCUCAACAAGGCAUUGUUAACACCAAAAGGAUCUAAAGAGGAAAAUAACUGUAGCAUUAGCGAGGUUGAAGAAGCAAAGGCAACAUUAAGAUUGAUUCCAAUUUGGGCUACAUCUUUGGUUUAUGGCAUUUUCCACGCACAAAUUUCUACAUUCUUCACCAAGCAAGGGAAAUCUAUGGAUAUAACAGUAUUUCCUGGUUUCGACAUACCUCCGGCUACACUUCAAAUGAUAAGCGGUAUUAGCGUUGUUCUCUUCAGCCUUAUAUAUGACCGCAUAUUUGUGCCAAUAACAAGAUCUAUCACUGGAAAACCUUCAGGCAUCACAAUGCUUCAAAGAAUUGGAACUGGAAUUUUUAUAUCCAUAUGCACAAUGGUAAUUGCAGUGUUUGUUGAGAUUAAAAGACUUAAAACAGCAAAAGAGUAUGGUCUUGUUGAUGAUCCUAAUGCAAUUGUUCCAAUGAGUAUAUGGUGGUUGGUUCCUCAGUACUUUUUGUUUGGAGUUUCAGAGGUUUUUACUAUGGUUGGUCUUCAAGAAUUUUUCUAUGAUCAAGUCCCAAAUGAACUAAGAAGCAUGGGACUUGCACUCUAUUUGAGUAUUGUUGGUAUUGGAAGCUUUCUAAGUGGCUUUCUCAUUUCACUAAUUGAAAAUUUGAGUGGCAAAGAUGGUGAUGAAAGUUGGUUUUGUGACAACAUCAACAAGGCACAUUUUGAUUACUUUUAUUGGCUUCUUGCUGGAUUAAGUGCGGUGGGGUUUACUUUGUUUGUUUACUUUGCAAAAUCUUACACUUAUAUUCACAAAGGUACCAUCACACAUGCAUAA